UGCCAGACACUGUAUUGGGUCCUUUCAGUAUAAGUGCUUGCAGAGAUCUACUAGGUAUAAAGAAGGGAGGAAAAGACAAGUAGGUAAGUAAAGAGACCACACAGGAAAUGCUUAAGAUCUCUUCAAUACAGUAAAAAUUUCUCAAAUCUGGGUAGGAGGACUACACCCUUUUUUUUUAAAUAAGGGGAAUGGCGUGUACAAAGGCAGCGAUGUGAAAGGCGCGUCGAGUGUUUUCGGCAGCUGAACGCUGCAUAACACUGGACGAAAGUUCACAAUCCCUGUGCCAUUUAGAAUUGCCAAGAGUCGUCAAAUUGAUUAACGCGUGUCCCUCGCGAGGCCACAAAUUACUUAAAUGCGGGAACAGCGUCUGCUUUUGCCCACCAUUGUCUUCCCAGAGUCUCACCCACUGUCUCAUGCUUAAUAAAUGUUGAAGAAUUAAAUAAAGGGUCCGCGCCUGAGAGUGACAGGUCCAAACAUCUUGGGUGAACUUUGUCCACUAAAAAAAGUCGUGCGGUGCCUUCUGCAGCCAACUUGAAUUCCUGGGAGAGUCAAAUCCUAGAACGGGGAGCUCGGCACCGACACCCCUCAGGGACACCCUGAGAGACACAAAUCACCGCCGAGUCACCGAGCCCUGAUGGGGCAGAGAGCUGGAGAUGGGCUAAUCCGAGGCUCUGCCAGGAUUCUCGAGGCCAGCGGCGUCGUCACGGCCUCAGGUUAUGGUGCCCAGAUAUAGAGUAUUUGGACUUUGUGGAGAGAAAACAACAUGUUUAACUUCUAGGCUGAUAGGCGGAGAAGGUAGAUAACAAUUCCAGAACCUAGAGAAUUCCCAUAGAGCUACGCUGGUCUCCAGGUCGGAAACGCCCGGUACAUGCGCAGUACAACUAGCCCGAAGCCUCUCCUACGCGGAGAUAGAGCCCCCUCUACCGGCCCCCACGACUUCGCCUCGCGGUCCCUCAAGAUCCCGCGUCCCAUCCACGCCUAGACUCGCGAGAGUUAGAAGGCUCAAAGGGCUCUACGGAACGGAACUUCCAGUAUUUAUUGUUCCUACACGGAAGGAUUUUAAUUCACCGGAAUAGAUUGGCAUUAAAGUGCAAAAGCGAAAACGGAAGAGCUCCUAACGUGACAAAGCUUAUGGGACUGAGCGGAAGUCCUAGUUCACUCGCCAAGCGGAGAGGAUCCUGGGGCCCGGAAGGAGGUGGAAUCUGUAGCCGACCUGUUUGCCUGUACACUCGCCUGGGAGGAGAGCGCGUGGCUGUUCAAAGAGGCGUGUUACUGGAGCGCGUGGCUCGUGCGCUGAGGUCAGAGGUGACCAAAAGCCCGACGUCGGUGUAGAACUUGAGACCGUGAGUUAUGGUGGGGAGAUCGCGGCGGCGCGGAGCGGCCAAGUGGGCAGCUAUGCGAGCCAAGGCAGGUCCCGGCCCAGCGGACGAAAAUGAAGACGAUUUAGAAUUGCCACCGUCGCCAGGGGACUCCAGCUACUAUCAAGACAAGGUAGAUGAUUUCCAUGAGGCCCGAUCUCGGGCCGUCUUGUCUAAAGGCUGGAGCGAAAUGGAGAGUGGGGACGAGGAGGAGGAUGGCGAUGAGGAGGAGGAGGUUCUAGCCCUAGAUAUUGCUGAUGAGGACGAUGAAGAUGGAGAGAGUGCGGAGGAGGAGGAAGAUGAUGAUGAUGAUGGUGGGAGCUCCGUGCAGAGUGAGGCCGAGGCAUCUGUGGAUCCCAGUUUGUCGUGGGGUCAGAGGAAAAAACUUUACUAUGACACAGACUACGGUUCCAAGCCCCGAAACCGACAAAGUCAACAAGAAGUAGAGGAGGAGGAAAGAGAGGAGGAAGAAGAAGCACAGCUCAUACAGCGGCGCCUUGCCCAAGGCCUGCAAGAGGAUGAUUUUGGGGUGACCUGGGUAGAGGCCUUUGCAAAACCUGUACGUCAAGUAGAUGAGGCUGAGACCCGGGUCGUGAAGGAUCUGGCGAAAGUUUCAGUGAAAGAGAAGCUGAAGAUGCUGCGGAAAGAAUCACCAGAGCUCUUGGAACUGAUAGAAGACCUGAAAGUUAAGUUGACAGAGGUGAAGGAUGAGCUGGAGCCAUUGCUACAGUUGGUGGAGCAAGGGAUCAUUCCAUCUGGAAAAGGAAGCCAAUACCUGAGGACCAAGUACAAUCUCUAUUUGAACUACUGCUCCAACAUCAGUUUUUAUUUGAUCCUGAAAGCCAGGAGAGUCCCUGCACAUGGACAUCCUGUCAUAGAAAGGCUUGUUACCUACCGAAAUUUGAUCAACAAGUUGUCGGUUGUAGAUCAGAAGCUGUCUUCUGAAAUUCGUCAUCUACUCACACUUAAGGAUGAUGCUGGAAAGAAAGAACUGAGUUUAAAAGUAAAAUCCACCAAGGCCAAGCCAAAAUCUGUUUCAGAGACUGCUGCUGCUGCUGCCUCUGCAGUUACAGAUAUUUCUGAUGAUUCUGAUUUUGAUGAAGAAGCUGCACUGAAAUACUAUAGAGAAAUAGACAAGCAAAAGUUGAAGAGAAAGAAAGAAGAAAAUAGCACUGAAGAACAGGCUCUUGAAGAUAAAAAUGCAAAGAGAGCCAUUACUUAUCAGAUUGCUAAAAAUAGGGGACUUACACCUAGGAGAAAGAAGAUUGAUCGGAAUCCUAGAGUCAAACACCGGGAGAAGUUCAGAAGAGCCAAAAUUCGCAGAAGAGGCCAAGUUCGUGAAGUUCGUAGAGAAGAGCAGCGUUAUAGUGGUGAACUCUCUGGCAUUCGUGCAGGAGUUAAAAAGAGCAUUAAGCUUAAAUAAAGUUUUCACUUAGCUUAAGUUUUUUGGCAAUAACUUUAGAUCAAUAAAUUUUUAUUUUUAAC